AUGGCCGCUAAUUGCAGUUUUCCUACGGAUGCCGCAUCCGACACAGAAAUAAAAUUAGAAGGAUUUUAUGGCUUCCAAGCUGGCUAUAGUAAGCAAAAUAAACUACAAGGCGUCAGUAAAAACCUUACUGACAACAGAAAAAGAAUUGCAUUUUUUACUGAAGCUGCUUUUUCUGCCACUAUAAAACAAGAACUCAAUAACGUGAUUGCUGGUGCGAAGAUAGUGUUAGUGCCUACAACUAAGCCGAAAACUUCUUUAAGUGUUAAUGGAUCACAUUUGUUCUUAGAAACAGAUUAUGGAAAGAUAGAGUUAGGUUCUCCUUACGACGCUGGAGCUAAAAUGCGUAUUACUGGUUAUAAAGUAGUUGCUGCUACCGGGACAAGCUGGAACAAAUACAUACAGCUUGAUAGUCCAAAUAUGUUAUAUAAAGGUUUAAAGCCAGAUUUUGAUACUUCUGAUAAUUUUUAUAUGGAAUCAUUUUCUAAUGGUUUUAAUGAUAUGACCAGUAAAACAGAAGCGGCAAGAAAAGUCUCUUAUUAUACUCCUAAAAUGGAGGGUUUUCAAUUUGGUAUUUCUUAUACCCCUGAUUCUGCCAAUACUGGGGGAAAUCGCGACCUAAAAAACUUAGAUAUUAACGAUAAAAUUUUUAGUAGUAAAUCCAAAACUGGCAUCAAAACUAUUGUUUUAGCAAAUGAUAAUGUUAUAGUACUCAACCAAAAUGUUAAAGAUGCUAUUUCAGCGGGUAUUUCGUAUCAACACGAACUUUUAGACGAUGUUGCAAUGGAAGUGGCAGUUACUGGAGAAUUUGCUAAACCUGCACGAAAACUUUUAAUAUUAGAUAAUGAAAAAGAUAAAAAUAUUCAAUUGGAAAGUAAGCUAUCAAGCUUAAAGGCCUACAAUAUCGGAGCUGUGUUAACUUAUGGUAAUUUAUCUUGUGGAGCUUCCUAUGGUAGCUUAGGAAAAAGCUUAACUACUCCCGCUUAUCAUAAAGUUGGCCGGGUUACCGAAUAUUAUAAUGGUGCAGUUGCUUACACUCAAGGUCCGAUUAAGACAAGUAUCUCGUAUUUUAGAUCACUCAGAUAUAAAAAUACUACAGAUGCGGUCAGCCUAGGUACUGAAUAUUUAGUAACUCCUGGUAUGCUACCUUAUGCUGAAAUAUCUUACUUCCAGGCUAAAGGUAGACCUGUUUGCUUAGUAGAUGCUCCUAAAGCAAAAACCAGAGGUACUAUGGUAUUAUCAAUAAAGCAUCAAGGGUUUGCUAUUAUUUUAUCCUCCCCCUCAGCGGCUGGCAAAUCUAGUUUAGCCAAAGCUUUAUUACAAAUUGAUCUUAAUCUAACAUUAUCUAUCUCAGCCACGACCAGAAAAGCAAGAAUUAAUGAAAUUGACGGAAUUAAUUAUUAUUUCAAAGCUUCCGAUGAAUUUGAUCAAUUAAUUAAACAAAACGCUUUACUGGAAUAUACUUAUAUUUAUGGCCAUUAUUAUGGAACACCUAAGGCUCCUAUAAUAAAACUUCUGAAUCAAAAUAAGGAUAUCUUAUUUGAUAUAGAUUACCAAGGUAUGGUAGCCAUCAAGCAAGCAUUAGAAAAUGUUGUGACCAUCUUUAUAUUACCCCCAAAUCUUAAUACUUUAAAACAACGAAUUCAAGAUAGAGGACAAGAUAGCAGCGAGUUAUUAAUGAUAACUUUGAAAUCACGUUAA